AUGGUACGUGAAUCAUGGCUAAUGAAAUUAACAUUAACAAUAGAAAUAUCAAUAUUCAUACAUAAUACACUUGUAUUAUUUCAAUGUGCAAUGUUAUUAAGUUUUACAAUGCUGAUAUCAUAUCAAGCAUUUCAUAGUGAAUUAUCUGAAUUGAAUCGUUGUUUUUUAGAAAUUACUGAAAAUUCUCGACAAUGUAAAAAACAAAUUAGUAUAAAAGAAAUAUCUAAACUUAAAUUUAUUUAUAAACGACAUAAUAUUUUGUCAUAUUAUUUGAUUUAUCCGGAUAAAGAUGCAUGGAGUCAAGCACUAUAUUAUUAUGCAUUAUUAUCCAUACCAAUCAAUGUAUCAUUAUUAUGUGUUUUAAUUAUUGAACAAUUAACACCACAAAUACGAAUGAUUUUAAUAUUAAUUACAUCUAUACAAACAUUUACCGGUCUCAUACCAUUUCUAAAUACAGCAAAUACAUCAAAAAAAUUUCAUCAAAUUAAAGAUUAUAUUCUACCGAUACAAUUUCAAAUGAAACGUCGUCAACAUUUACGUUUAAAAUUAAAAUAUGAUGAUCUUUAUGGACGAUUAAUG